AUGAACAUCUCUGGAUCAGGAUCCUCUUCUGAGUCAGUGAGAGAAUUCAUCCUUCUGGGUUUUCCCUGCAGCAGGAAGAUUCAGGUCAUCCUGUUUAUGUUCUUCUCCAUCAUCUACCUCCUGACUCUCAUGGGAAAUGGAGCCAUUAUCUGUGCUGUUUUUUGGGAUCAACAUCUCCACACCCCCAUGUACAUCCUGCUUGGGAAUUUUGCAUUCCUGGAGAUCUGGUAUGUCAAUUCCACUGUUCCAAACACACUGAUUGACUUCCUCUCAGAGACCAAGACCAUCUCUUUCACUGGAUGCUUCCUUCAAUUAUAUUUUUUCUUUUCCAUGGGCUCCACUGAAUGCUUCUUUCUCUCAGCAAUGGCCUUUGAUCGCUAUUUUGCCAUCUGUCAUCCUCUGCAUUAUGCCACAGUUAUGACCAGACAACAGUCUUUCAACCUAGCAAUUUCCUGUUGGGUAUGUGGCUUUCUCUGGUAUCUGGUACCUGUUAUUCUCAUCUCCCAACUGCCUUUCUGUGGUCCUAAUGCAAUUGACCACUUUGUAUGUGACUCAGGCCCACUGCUGACCCUUUCAUGUGCUCCUGCCCCCGUGUCCAAGCUCAUCAGCUAUACCCUAAGCUCCCUCAUCAUCCUCCUUAGCUUUUUCUUCAUCCUCAUCUCCUAUGCCCUGGUUCUACUUGCUGUGCUUCAGUUGCCCUCAGCAUCCAGUCGGCAUAAGGCCUUUUCAACAUGUGGAUCCCAUUUGUCCGUGGUGCUGUUAUUCUACAGCACGAUUAUGGUGAUGCAUGUGAGCCCUGGAUCCAGCCAUUCUACCCUGAUGCCAAAGAUCAUGACCUUGUUCUAUGCAAUGGUGACUCCACUCUUCAACCCUUUGAUUUAUAGUCUUAGGAAUAAGGAAAUGAAAAAUGCUCUCUGGAAAGUUCUG